CGUCGCUUUAUUGCGAACUGUCAAAGGGCACAUCACCGGUAAUAAACAUAACCAAAAAGGCGUGAAAAAGUUUUUUCGCAAGCAUAAAGAAAGUGAUUUGAACCAAAUAAUAUUAUCGAAGAAUCGUGUCGGAAGUCCAGGAGAGACUCAGCCCCGAUGCCGAAGUACUACUGCGACUACUGCGACACGUAUUUGACACAUGAUUCUCCGAGCGUCCGCAAGACCCACUGCCAGGGUCGCAAGCACAAGGACAACGUCAAGUACUUCUACCAGAAGUGGAUGGAGGAGCAGGCGCAGCACCUCAUCGACGCAACCACCGCCGCCUUCAAGGCCGGCAAGAUCGCCUCGAAUCCCUUCGCCGCGAACAAGGGCGCGGCAAUCCCGCCUCCGCCGAACCUGGGCUCCAGCCUGGGCUCGCGAUCAGGAGUCCCACCCCAGGGACCGCCAGGAAUGAUGCCGCCACCUGGUAUGCACCCAGCUGGUCCCAUGGGGCCUGGAGGACCGAUGAUGAUGGGCCCUCAUGGACCAAUGCCACCUCCGAUGAUGGGAAUGAGGCCACCUAUGAUGGGACCGAUGGGCCCCAUGGGUCCCAUGAUGGGUCCCAUAGGUCCUAUGGGGCACAUGAGGCCCCCAUGAACGGACCACCUCCUCCUAUGGUUGGACCGCCACCAAUGAAGAAAUAACAGUUGGAGGAGUCUUAUUUUUUAUGUAUUUUCUUCUUGCGGCGAUGGACUCUCUUGAGUUUUUAUUGCGUGUCACUGAAAUGGUUUUGCAUAGAGAGAUAUGUCUGUAUGCGUAGAUUGUAUUAAGAAUUAUGAUUUAGUUCUCUGCGACUAGAAAGUUUGAUCUAUGUUGAAUGAGAUUUCGAUAGUUUUCUUCAGGAAAAGUGAAUGUAAUGUCUCGAUACUCUCUAUACGGUAUGCUCUACUCUACAUCUGUCAUUCACUACUCUGACAUAUGGAAUUACUAGAAUACAAAUGUGAAAUAUAUAUAAUUCUGAAUCUUAUAA